AUGGGGGACAUGACGAACGGCGCCUGUCUCUGCAAAGGGGUCAAGUUCACCGUCGAGGGUGUGCCAGAGAAUGUGUUCAUGUGUUACUGCUCCCACUGCUCCAAGAAUGCCGGCAGUGUCGGACAGAUUUCUGCCAAAUUCCCACGCAAGGAUGUCCAGGUUCUGGAGGGAAGCAGCCUUUUGAGCACAUGGGUGCUACAAGACAAUCUGAGCGGCUUUGAAAAGCACAAGGUCUUCUGCUCCAGAUGCGGCUGUACCUUGUGGACGGUUCCCAUGAAGCACCGAGGCGACACUUACAUCGUCCGAACAUCGCUACUGGACAAAGGACUAGAAAAGUUUCCCUACAAGGCCGAGUUCUUUGCAAGCAGGAAAGUGGAGGUAGUAGCGGCUCCGGAAGUGAAGAGCUUCCCUACCAUGCCAGGAGCAUGA